AUGAGUCUGCGUGAAAACAUCGCCCGCCUGGUCGGGGAGGGGUACGACCAGCCACAGGGCGAUCAGUCCACUCCUUUGAGCAUCAAUUACGCCAAGAUCAAUGAAUGGAUGCUUGACAGGAAGCUGCUCUGCAGGGACUGGAUGUCCCAGCUGCGCGCCCUGCAGGCGGGCGUCGCCGCGGCGGGCGGCGACCCGGCCUCCUAUGCCACUGCUCUGGAAAGGGCGGCCGCCACGGGCGUGGAUGCAGAGCGGUCGUUGCUGGGGGGGCUCAAGGGCCAGGCCAGGGUGUGGGACAGGCUGGCGCGAGCCUACGAGGCCCGCAAGUGCCACGUGGCGGAGGCCGCCCAGCGCCUCGCCCGCGCCGCAGACUAUGAGGCGCCGGCGCUCAAGCGCGGCAUGGCCCGAGCGCAGCAGCAGCUGGCGGACCUGGAGAAACGCAAGGCCGAGGCACAUCGCGCCGGAGCGCGAGCGGAGCAGGCGUACGCUGACGUGGGUGAGUGCAAGCGCCUGGACAUCUCGCCAACGCAGGACGCGACCGCCGAGCUGCGUGCCCUGGCUUCCCGCCGGCUUCCCGCUGCCCUGCAGGCCUGCGUCGCCGCGAUGGUGACGGAGGAGGUCCACGCAUCGGUGCAAUGUUAUGCCGAGUUUAUCGCGGCUGACGAUAGCGCAACCGCCGCGGAGCGCUCGCUGCCGGUCCUGGUGGAGGUGCUCGCGGGCACCACAGAGGCCCCGCUCUUGCCGAGCAUCCCAUCCACCGGAGCCCAGGGUGCUGCGGAGGGCGAUGAUACAGCCGGAGGAGCGCCGGAGGCGGAGGCUGUGGGAGUCGAUGACCUUGAUCUGUCAGCCCUCGCCUCUGCUGGCGCCAGCGGCGCCGCGGAGGACGCCGGACCAGGCCUCAUCAGCUGGGACAUCGGCACAGAAGCAGGCGGCGACGACGCUCCACAGGAUGCCGCUGGCAGCCCGCGGCCGGCUGGCGGCGACGGCGGGGAGGUCGACCCGGGCAUCGACUGGGGCUUGGAGGUGGAGGGCGGCGAGGCGGCCGGCGCGGAGGAGGGCGAGGCAGUCUUGCAGGACCUCUUGACCUCGGCCAAUGUGUUCGAGGGAUCUGACCCGGUAGUUCAGCGGCUGGGUUUGGACGGCGCGUACCGCGCCGCCCUGGCCGACGACCUGCACGAGCUCCGCGCUUUCCUCACGGCGCGGCGCGGGGAGCUGCGGGCCGGGAACGUGGGCGCCACGCUGGGUGCGGCCACCGCGACGGGCGAGGAGGCGGCCGCCUGGCUGGCCGCCGUGGAGCGCGCGCUGGGCGCGCUGGGCAGCCCCGACCUGCAGCACCUGCUCCUGCUGCACGGCAGGCCGCAGUACCUGGCCCGCCAGGCGGCCGCCCUGGAGGGCAAGCGGGCCGCGGGGGGAAAGCUACACAGCGUGGCGCGGGAGGCCGAGGCGAGGAGGGCGACCACCCAGCGGUCCCUGGUGGCGGAUGCCGAGGCGCUGGCAGCGCUAGUGGAAAGGAUGCGCGGCGACAAGGCACUGGUGGAGGGCGCGCUGGGGUCUGCGCUGCGCCGGCGCGUGAUCGUCAGCGGCGAGGUUAACGCCCUCCUGUCUGCAUGA